AUGAAUGCAACCAUGCCCUCUCUCGGAGCAUUAUGUACAGAGCAGUAUGUUGACAAAUCUUCGGGAGAGAACGGGGGAGGUCCUCCAAAACUGCAGCAGCAAGCAGAAACUUCCUGCUAUUCCAUCAGCACUCGUGAUGGAAAUGUUCGAUACAACUUGAAGGCUGUGAAUGGGAUUCCUGUCUUGAACGUGUUGCUGCAUCAUGAGGUCUUGGUAGACCAAAGUGUCUCAGGAGUCUUUGCCUACCUGUGUGUGCCCAACGGCACACUGCUUCGAACAUGCAACGGAGAUCGUUUGCCGUGUGCUCUAAAUUCUACUCUACCCAUACGCGGCGGAUUCAAAGAUUUUGGAGGCUUUUAUGAGCCCUACUGGACUGGCUUCGAGUCGUAUGUCAAUGGAACAUGUACAUCCUCAAGCAUGCCUGCGUUUGAAACUUUCGUAAGCCUUUGCUCCUCUGCAGCAGCACAAGAUAAUUGUCAGGGACAGUACAGCGUAUCUCAAAAUCCUGUCUACAACAUGACAUACAACCUGACGUACAAUAAGGAACAGAGAUGUCAACUCAAGUUUGACUUCGACUUUGCUUUCUAUGCUCCUCUGAAUAACAGCACAACUUCCUGGUACAAGUUCCUGUGGCUAGAUAAUGGGCAGUCAGUCUCGAGAUGCUCCAAUGUAAGUCAGGACAAUCAGUUCGCUUUCUGCAGUGGAAAUCAAGUCUUCACACAGCACCUGGUCAGCACUCUAGACCUCCCCUUCUCCGACGUAGACAAUCUAGCAAAUGAGGACAUCGGUGGAUCUAACUACGUAGCAAACAAGUCUCAGUGGUACUGGCAGGCCAGCAAUGCUACCGGAAAGCUCACAUAUGUCCCUGCUGGAUCCGUUGUUCGCAGCCUUUUCUCGGCAUACGUGUGCUAUCCAGGUCUGCAAAACCAGCCGCCCAAGUUCGUGAACCCAGUAUAUGUGGAUGGCCAAUUCUUCAGUUCUUCUUCUCGGAAGUUCAGCAAACUUCCUGCUGAUUAUUUGCUACCGCCUGCAGAGACAGAAAAGCUUUGCUACGUGAACAGCACCUGUACGCUGGAGCUGGUGGCGCAAGACUUCCUGGUGGGCUCAAGUCUUUGUGCAGAUCCAGAAUGUCAAAAUUUUGAUGAUGUGUCCUUGUCGGAAGAUGUUGUACAGAUAGAAUUAAUCACUGAAUGGACGAAUUGGAGUGGAAUUUCAUUGAGUACUGCGCAUUGUGAGAGCGACAGCAAACGACCAUGUGUUUGGGAUUCAGAUUGCCUCCCAGGCGACCGCUGUACAGGAUAUCAGCCUGACUCUUCCAUUCAGCCCUUCUACGGACACUGUUGCGAUGCUAGCAUGCCUUGUCUGAGUGGGGCUGAGCCAGGGACUUCUAGAUGCAUAUUUGACUCCGACUGCCCACCCGCGCAGCAGUGCGUCAAGCCAAGAUGUGAAAGCAAUUCAAACCACAACAUAUCUGGCGCACUCAAAUGCUACUACACAGAAUUCUUCAGUGCGAGUGACGCAGGGAAAGUUGUUCAGCGCUGUUUCAUAGCAAAAGAUCCCCAUGGCGAUAAGGUUUGGACUGGAACGCCUCCAGCACCAAGCUCGUUCUACCCCUACGUCAUCACAGGGUUGUGCGACCCUCGUCUCAAUCCCCAGAGAACCUGCAAUGUCGCAGGGAGUGAGGUGGUCGAGACUGCAACGCCAAGCAACACUUGCUCGUCAUAUCCUGUAUGUUUCAAGAUUAGGAUUGAGAGUAAUCCUCCGCAGUUUGUACAUCCCACACCUCUAGAAUCCAACUCUCUCGAUGAGCAGGGAAAUCCUAUUCCCAAUCAAACAGACGUCGCAGCUUGCGAGGGCUAUCCCAUCGAUCUCAUCAUCAAGGCGGAGGAUCCGGAUGUUGGGAAUAAUGUGAGAAUCUUCCUCCAUGACUUCGAAAUCGACACGUCUGUCGCCACAUCUCAGGACCUCCAGUGGAUGCAAACAGUUGAGAAUUCCUACAACUUCGACUUCUUUUCAAACAGAGCCACACCUCAAUAUCCACCCCAAUGUUCUGGAAAUCCAGCAAAUGACAGCUUUCAUGGGUAUGACGCCUACAAAGUUGGUGUGAACGCACAGCAAGAAAGCAUUCUGCCAUUGGAUGGUUCAAUAGUGAAAUCUGUAGUGUCAGGAUAUGCGCAGAAUGUUGAAUACUCUCGAGCUCCAAACAUAUCGGUCCACUACACCUUGGAACCUUCCAAGAGGAAUGGUAUCAUUCUGCGCCUUGCAAGUGCCACUUCCGACAACGAGCAAAAUUGCAGAAUUCUUUCCUCCUCUGGCGUCUCCUACAACGGCGUCAGCUGUCGGGAAAGCAUCUUGAACAUGGAUCAAGUCAUCUGCGCCUACGCGUAUGAUGACUCUCGCUACCAGAGCAAGAGAUGGGUCGGCAAAAGAAACCCAAACUCUCACAACAUCCUCAAGAACUUGAGAGAUCACAGUGAUGGUGAUAUGAGUACCCGGCACUGCUGGAGAGUGGUUCUUCAAGCCCCGCCUCGCUUUGUUACAACCUGGAGUACCUACAGCUCUUCGAUUUCUCCCACUUGUGACCUCAGCGCUUAUGCAAACACUCUGAUAAGAGACUCUGAAGUAGGAAAGAUGCUCAAGGCCUACAAUUACACGAUCUUUGAUCUCAAAUGUGUGGGUGUCGGCGAAGAUUUCUCGUUUGAGUUUGUCGCUCAAGAUCCUAACAGACAGGACUUGGUGCAGAUCUUCAUCCUAGAUGAUCCAGGAAUGCCUCCUGGAAUGAGAGCCAGCCAGACCUACUGCGUGAUAAGAUCUCCAGAGACCAACAACCCGAUGUGCGGAGCUACUCGGAUAGGAGAGGACCUCAUUAGACUGGAUCAGAACAAAUCAUCUCGAUGUAGCAAGGCCAUGUUGAGACUCGCGUGGUCUCCAUUUCGAGAACAAUUGAACAGAACGUUCUUUGUGUGUGCACGAGCACAAGAUUCGUCAACAGCUUGUGUGGGCAAGAACCGCGACGCUACUAGUCGUGGAUGGUAUGGAGAGACUGCAUGCGUUGAACUGGCGGUCGUGCCUCCUGUUCUAUCUUGGCAAGGAUACAUGGUGGCACAACCCGACCAGAUCGAUGUGUUUGUUGGCUGUACAGUCACGCUCAGUAUCAGUGCUUCUGCAGGUCAACACUAUGUUGCUGACAUUGGGUUUGUGACCAAAUCCAACAUCAAGUUCUCAUUCUCGAGACCUGUCAUCUCGAAUGCAAUCACCUCUCGAGUCUUCGUAUGGAGACCAUCAAUAGGUACAGAAGGGAGCGUGCAUACAGUGUCAUUCUACACCAAUGAUUCCAUUGGUAUCCGUGAGCCGCUAUGGAAGAACUUGGUGUUUUCUGUACAGAAGUGUCAAUAUUGCAUUGGAAACGAUAUCUUGACCAUGACUCAUGGGUUGGAGUACACUGACUUGAAUUUCAUCGCACGAUAUUUCAACUUGGAAAUCAACUGGCUGCAUAUUUGGCUGUUGAAUGGGAAUAGAGAUGCAAAGGGCGAUCAAAUCUUCAACGGGAAUCCUAACUACUUUCAGUUCAAGAGAAUUCCUCAAGUCACCUUGAACGACUUCAUCAGCAAUGUGAACAACUCAUUGAUCUUGUGGUUGGCAUCCAGAUACAAGUAUCGCGCUCAUGAGUCUCUUGCCACCAUCGCUACUUCUCUAGGAUCAUCUUUGAAGACGCUGCUGAAACUCAACCCCGAUGUUCAAAACCCCUACAUUCCUCUCAAUAACCAAUCGUCAGUGCAUUCGCCUUACGUCUGCGUGUUACCCUGUACCUAA